AUGACCACUGCUGAAUAUAUCAUCACCGUCCAAAACAAGACGGGGAAGACAAACAAUUAUCUUUUUUUCAACCAAGAGCCCGGAGAGUCUAGCACCGUUGGACAGAUAUACACCAACGUUUGGAUCAGAUCUCCCGGAGUUCCAUCUCCCCGUGGCAAAGCUGUCUUCGAUGUGAAGGUGGCGAACUUUGCCAUUUGUGGGACGACGCCAGACCCAGUCGACUAUGGUGUUGUUGUCGCGACAAGCGAUUUCGCGCCGGUGGAGCUUACCACUCAAAGCAAGAAGGGCACGGUUCCCUUGAUGGAAAUUGUGAGCGGAGGACCUCAGUUCAUUGCGCCAUAUGAGGAAACCAACAAGGAUAACUCGUUUGGUAUCCAUGUUAAGAAUUACGACCCGAAAAGAUACACCUCUGUUUAUUGCGGAUUCGGCAAGCUCAACCAAAAGGAGGAAGUUGUCCCUGUCGCUGUUUGGCGAGCCGAGCCCGGCGAAAAAUACAUACUCACUCCUAAAGUCACCUAUUAUGUCAGCACAGGGGAUUAUAGAGCUGGCGAAACGGUAGAUGUUACUCAGAUUGGCGAAAUUUCAACAAUCGAUUUCACCACGGCCAAACCAGGCCAGACCAUCGCGACGAUCACUCAUAACGACGACGGGAGUUACUCUAAACCAGAGUUCAGCUAUCCUGAGAAGCGCAAGCCUCAGGAGAACAGCACUCACGUUCCAGUUCAUCCACUUAAGCGAAGUUUGGCGCAAUGCUUGGAUGCUGGUGUUUCGUAUCUACUGGUUGGUGGCCUCAAAGGACUCUGGGGAAACUUGGCUGUCUGGCUUGCCAAAAACGAUGCCAAACAUCUAGCCGUUAUCACUCGUAGCGGCUACCAGGACGACAGAUCGCAGACGGUCAUCCGGGACAUUGAAGCCCAGGGAUGUAAAAUCAGCUUGCUCACGGGUGACGUACGUCGCUGCUUUGCGACGGUCACUCCGCCCAUUGGGGGAAUUGUGCAAGGGGCGAUGGUGUUGAGGGACCGCAUGUUCAGCUCAAUAACACAUCAAGAGUACCACGAAGCGCCCUCUUGCAAAGUCCAAGGAACUUGGAAUCUGCAUAAAGUCUCAGUGGAGCUCAACAUGCCACUGUCAUUCUUCACCAUGUUGUCCUCAAUCUCCGGAAUCUUUACAGGCGCAGUCUUGGACUGCCCCGCCUGCUCGGUCGAUCUGGGCAGCGUGGAGGGCAUUGGAUACCUUGCCGAGCACGACAAUGUGCAUAAGCAGCUGACUCGGAAUGCGGACACUUGGGCUCCCAUUAAUGAAGCCAGGCUUCUACAGAUUUUUGAACUCGUUACAUAUCAGCAGGAGAAGGAUUCUACUCGGCAACCCAACCCGCUCAGUGCGAGUCAAAUGGUUACUGGCAUUCGCAUUCCAAUCCCCAGCGACGCGGGAAUACUGCGGGACGCCCGAGAACUGCAGACUCUCCUCCGGGCCCUUCAGAGUAAGACGUCACACGCAAAUUCACUGCUCCCUACUGCAGUGAGGAUUGCAAAUGCCAAGUUCGGCAAGCUUCUUCGGCUAGCAGAACCUAUGGAUCCUAGUCGCCCCAUGAGCCUCUAUGGUUUGGAUUCACUGGCGGCGGUGGAGUUCCGCAACUGGGCGCACACUACGUUAGGUGCAGAGCUUUCGACACUGGAGAUCACCAAUGCUUCGAGUUUGACGUCACUCGGUGAGAAGCUGAUUGCGAAAGCUCUUGCGGCGGCCGUUACUUAA